AUGGCCGCUGCUGCAAUUGACGCGUCUGCUUUUGACGUUAUCGCGAGGUGUCUGACUGUCGCUCUUGAUGUUUAUCGCGUCGUUCGAGAUGUUCAUCAUGGAGAGCAGGCCUCGACUGCUGUCGCUGACUUUGCUGGGCUGUCGGAUGCGCUGUCAAAGUCGGUCCAGCACAUCAAGGGCGUUGUCCAAGAGACCGGCCGCGACGGGCACGGCCAGCCUCUUUUUUUGAUCAGGUUCGCUUGUGUCAAGAUAUCCGAGGACCUCGUCGUCCAUAUUGAUCGCGUGUUGAAGUCGCCCGUCGUCAAAGACGAGCUGAUUGACAGCGCCGACUUUUGUGACUUGUGGUCGCUCGACGAUCUUCAUGCCCUUGGCUUGCGACUUGACCAAGUCGUGCAUCGCUUCAAGGAGAUGAGAGAGGAUUCCGGCCUUGAUAAUGCCGAAGGCGCACUGCAACACCCUUCGCUGGGUGAUUUGGCUGCCAGCGACAUCGAUCCUGACGAGACGGACAGUCUCGCCCAACAGCUCAUGUCGGCGCCUGCCAGUCCUACGUCAGCUCCACGCCUUGCCCCCGCCGGAAUCAUCAACGACUUCAUCCUCGAAAGUCUUGCGUACUCGAGCAUGCGCGACCGUGAGGAUGAAGUGACUGAAGCUCACUCACGAACUCUCGAAUGGAUCUUUGACGAUUCUCCCCUCACUCAACCUUUGCGCAAUGCGUUUCGCGAUUCUUUUACUACAUGGCUCAAGACGAACGAGCUGGGUGCCAUUUACUGGAUCACUGGGAAGCCUGGCUCUGGCAAGUCGACACUCAUGAGGUUCCUUUCCCAGGAUCGUACGGCCAUGGAGUACCUGCGACUUUGGGCAGCCGAAAAGCCUGUCAACACCGCGGGCUUCUUUUUCUGGACGAGUGGUUCCCGACAACAGCGAUCGCAAACAGGAUUGCUGCGCUCCCUUCUGCACCAGCUACUCUCUUCGAGCCCAGAACUCAUCGCCAAGACAUUCCCCGAUCUUUGGACAAGGGUCAGGCAGAUGACGACCAAGGAACGGAUCAGCCUUGAGCUAGAGUGGACCAUUGCCGACCUGAGAGCUGCCCUUGACACGUUUCUCGACGCCGCGCUAAAGGACGCAAACAUCUGUCUCUUCAUUGAUGGCUUAGACGAAUUCGACGGCGACCAUCACGAGAUUAUCGACUUCUUCAAAAGUCUGACGACGAGAGAGAAUGGCAACCUCAAGAUGUGCCUCUCAUCCCGUCCUUGGGCCGUGUUCGACGAAGCCUUUGGCAACUCCGUGCCCAACACCAAGCUGCAGGAUCUCAGCUACGAGGACAUGUGCCGCUACGUCAAGGACGCGUUCAGAUCCAACACUCCGCUUCGAAGGCUGAUGAGGAAGAAUGAGGAGACGAGUCAGGAUUUGGUCUUGGCCACUGUUGAGAGGGCUGAUGGUGUGUUUCUCUGGGUGAGGCUUGCGGUCGAAAGGAUGCUGUCGGCAUUCGCUCGACGUGAGGAGCUUGAGACAUUGCGAGAGACACUGCAGAGCCUUCCGUCGGAUCUGGAUGCUCUGUUUGAGAAGCUGCUGUUCCAGGAUCAAUCUGGAUCCGAAGUCCUCGAUACCGCGGCCCUCUUCCAGCUCAUCCACGCCAGAGAAGUUGUCGCCGACUUUAUAAAGGAUGAGUCUUCGACUUCACUCACCAUCUGGGAGCUGGCAUUUGCCCUAAACAAAGAAGAUGAUGCUGCUGCGCUGGAACGCGAGGUCUGUGAGGCGACAGAUGAAGAGCUUCAGACACGGUGUGCAACAACGGCGCGACACAUCAAGAACCGCUUCUCUGGGCUGCUGAACAUUCACCAGCGGCGAAUCGGGAAUCAGAGGGUGCAUCGCGCAGACAUCGCAAAGCUCGUCACGAGCUGCCGAGUCAUCUACAUCCACCGGACGGUCCGGGACUGGCUGAUGGAGGCGAAUGGAGCGGGAGAACGACUGAAGGCUCGUCAGUCACAGGACUUUGACGCCCAUCUUCGCCUUGUGCGAUCAUAUGUCCUUCGACUUAAGUUUUCUCUUGAUGAGAUUGAGCAUCAUCGCCGUUUGGAUGAGUGGUAUCCCGACAUUGCGCUCGCCAUGAGCCACGCCCGGUACAUCGCCAACGACCCAGACAAUCUGCAAAGACCGCUUCUCAAUGAAAUGAACAAGACUCUCUCUUGGCUGUGGCUGGAUAAACCGUCAGACCUCUACGAUCAUUGGGCGAAGAGCACUUUUGGCGCGUAUGAGAUCCGAAUGAAGGCCCCUCCAAUUCGACGACCGUUUUUGUGUCUCGCGACCAAAUUCGGGCUUACAGAGUAUGUCUCCCAGGAGGUUCAACAUGCUCAGACCUCGAAGGGCGAAGAUGAGGAACGUGAGGACGACUCGACCCCGUUACUGUCGUACGCAACCGAGUUCCUCUGUUCUCGCAACAAAACCAUCUUCCCGCUGUCAUCCCCCAAAAUCGUCCGCUUCCUUAUCACGCAUCAGUCUACCAUCAAUCCGGGCCCAGACCACAAGUACAAGCAUUUUGUAACUGGUCAGUCUAUUACACCCUGGCUGGCGGUUCUUCGGCACCUCCGCGAUGCGAAACGAAGAAACUGGAUCGAGCACUAUGAUAUCGACCCGGAGGGCACUCAAAGAUGGGCUGAGAUUGUAACCAUGUUUAUUGAGCACGCGGAUGCUAAGGCUGUGGUAAAGAGAGACGCGUGGGAUCCAGAGAUUACGGCUCUUGGGGUCAUGAAGUUGUUGGAGGACACGUAUGGGGCAGCGGAUAUGCAGAGAUUGAGGGUGCUCAUGGAGUCACGGAUUGAACAGAUGCAAUAG